UUUCUCAUUCAGCCACCCCAUCCUCUCUCUCUCUCUCUCCCUCUCUCUCUCUUCACACACAGCCUCCAUCACUCCAUCUCACACUCUCAGAUCAGAUCACGCACUCAACGUCUCUCACUCUCACGUCUCAAGAUCUCUCACUCUCUACGACGCCAAUUGUCGCCGCCGCCGAGCUCCGAUUCACAAUUCUCUUGUUUUUUCUGCUCUUCGUCUCUUUAUCUCACUCCUUCUACCUUCCUGGCGUUGCUCCUAGUGAUUUCUAAAUAUGAUUUCAGUGGAAGACGUGAUUUAGUAAAAUUCAUGAAGGAAAUUCAUGCACACGGUUUAUAUGCAUGCCCUAGGAUUGGACCCUUCAUUGAGAGCGAAUUGUCUUAUGGGGGUCUGCCAUUGUGGUUACAUGACAUUCCAGGCAUUGUCUACCGUUCUGAUAAUGAACCAUUCAAGCUACCUCAGAUGCAGCACAAGGUACAGUCAGCCAGACAGCGUGAGUAUGAUGGAGCACAUACAAGAUAUCUUGAGCCUUUAAGCCCCAACUCCCUCUCCCUCCUUAAUCAUCUCCGACUUUAUAUCCCUGAGGCCGAAGGUUUCAUCGGCACUUUUCUUCAAUUACAACACCUCGAUGGGACUGCCAUAUCGGGUUUUGGUAGAUACCAACUUCAUCAAUUUCUCUAUCCAGAAUAAACUGGACUUGGAGAAGGGAAUGAUGGACUGCCUAUAUGCAAAAUGUGAGUUUAGAAUCACUGGUUUCUUCAAUUUAAUGUGAAUAUUAAUUUGCUGCAAGAAUUGUUGUGCCGUGUUGAUGAGGUAUCCUAAGUUCAACAUAGUUGUUAAUGUGGUUUUAUAACAAGCAUUGAGUGCCAUGUAUCAUUGGCAAACACUUAAAUAUGUGUUGGUUGCUUAAUGAUAUUUAUCAAAAUAUUACUCUUGGUUGUGUGGAUGUCCAUAAGAAUGCUUAAGGAAUAAAAUGAGGAUCUUUUUUUAAA